AUGGUCGCUUUCCGUGCUGCGUUACCGCAGCUCUCAGUCGCCCGACGCUCCCUGUCCUUAUGCCGACACAUCCACUCGUCGCCCGUCAGAUCUGCCAUUGCGCAUCCGAUCACUGCUCAAGGUCCCCCUCCCAAGGCUCCUGCCACGCCAGAGCGGAAAGAGUCCUCGGAAUUGAAGGACGCAUCCUUCACAGCCUCUGAACCCGAGGCUAGCAAACCCCCCAAGCUCACCGAUGCGCUGAAGAAACGCUUCUGGAAAGAUGUGCACGUACAUGGGAAACCAGAGGAAUACCAAGUCCUGCUUGACAAGCGACCUGUGCGCACACCGACGAAAGCCAUCCUAUCUAUUCCCUCUACAAAGCCCCAGCUUGCCCAUGCCGUCGCCCUGGAAUGGGAUGUGAUGACCUCGGCCCAGCAGGCACUCAAAAGCCACCUCAUUCCCAUGACCUCCCUUGCCGCCCGCGCCGCCGAUAUCGCCAUCGAAGAUUCCAAGGGCGUCUCUACCACCCGAGACCAGAUCAUUACCACUGCCAUGCGCUACCUAGACACAGAUACUCUCCUUUGCUGGGAGCCGGAGCGGGAGGUCCACGCACUGGACCGCAAGGCGGAUGGCACGCCUCAAGAGAGUCUGCGGGAGAUUCAGACCAGAGUCGCUAAGGAUAUUAUGAGCUUUUUGUCUACGAAGGUCUGGCCUGGCCUUGAGAUUAUUCCUAUCUUGGACACCGAGAGCAUCAUUCCACUCUCGCAGCCCAAGGGCACCAAGGACAGCAUUCGCACCUGGGUGUCAGAGCUGUCGGCGCAUGACUUGGCGGGACUGGAGCGUGGCAUUCUUGCGUCCAAGAGUCUUCUGAUCGCGGUCCGCUUGGUGACCGAGUGGAGUGAGAACUUCCGCCACAUCCAGCGAGCCGAGACUAAGAAGUUUGGUAUCGAGGACGCCGCUGAAGCGGCCAGCUUGGAGGUUACCUGGCAGACUGAUAAGUGGGGCGAGGUUGAGGACACCCAUGAUGUCGGCAAGGAGGACAUGAAACGUCAAUUGGGCAGCGUUGUGAUUCUGGUCAACGGAGAGACCAGAUAA